AGGAAGAAUAGCAAAGAAGAAGAAGAAGAAUAGCAAAGAAGAAGAAGAAGAAGAAGAAUAGGGCCCUGAACCUUUUCAUGCCUCGUUUCUCUAUCCUCCGUGUUUUUAGCUCCAGUGUAUCGGAGGUAUCGGUGUUGAGUUGAACUCUCCGUGGUUCUUCAGCGCCUCCGCCAUGAAGAAAAGCAGCUCGGGGAAGAGGCGCCAUGUGGUGGCCUGGGUCAACAAGGCAGAGUGGGACCAGGUCCUGGACCACCUCUACUCCAAGGAUCCCGCCCUGCAGAGGUUCGCUCUGCAGAGGGUCUCAGCGUGGAGGGGCCGGUAUGCCCACAACACGCCCGUGGCUGUGGACUGCACGGCCGACCUGGUGCGGGGCCAGGUCCUGGACCGGUCCGGACAGCUGAGCGGAGACGACCUGGUCCUGCUGUACGGGGCGGCCCUGGUCCGGUUUGUGAAUCUGAUCACCGAGAGGCAGCAGGGGAGGAAAGCCCGGCCACUGAGGCGGCUGGCCGGGAAGCUCAACAUCCCGGAGUGGGUGGUGGACCUGCGGCACGACUUCACCCAUAAGAAGCUGCCCACGCUGAAGUGGUGCCGGAAGGGAUGCAAGGUGGUGCUGGAGUGGCUCCAGCAGGAGUACUGGUCCAGGCAGCUGGGAGGGGGCGCAGGCGAGGACUGGGAGUCAGACUCUGAUGGAGAGGAGGAGGAUGGUGAGCUGAAGCGGCAGGAGGGCAAUCUGCUGAGCAGGCAGGAGAUGGAGGCCUACAAGGCCGCCCGGGACCUCCUGAUCUCCUAUGAGAGGGAGCGGUACCGGAGUCUGGACGGGCCUCAGGAGGACCGGGGCCUGGCUCCCCUUGCAGACAUGAGCUGGCUGCUGGGGGAGAUCAAGCAGUUGUCUUUGGACUCCAGCGAUCUGCUGGUCGAUGUGUUGUUGGAGGACGGGUUUCUGGUACCGACAGCCGAGCAGCUGGAAACGUUGGGCUGUGACCCGUUUGAGACCGCCGGCUCCUCUGAACCGAGAGUCCCUCAGCCCUUCCUGCAGUUCUGGCUGCCCCUGCUGAAGAUGCUCAACUCACCCUCGUUCAUCCACCUGCUCCUGGAGAAGCUGUUCGUGGAGCUGAAGGUGGCGGCCACCGAGCAGACGGACCUCAGGGUGUUCUACCUCUCCGCCUGGGCCUCGGAGGUCCUCCUGUGCAACAGCAACAAGUUCGAGUUCCGCUUCGAACGGAAGACGCAGAAGAAGGCCCGGAUGAAGGACAGGAUCUUCAUGAACCGCCUCCAGCUGCGGUGGCAGCAGCUGCUGUCGGCCUGCCUGGACGCUCCCUGCGGCUCCACGCCUCACCUGCUGCAGCUCAUCCUGGACGACAUGGAGCACCCGCUGCCUCAGGACACCCAGCAGAAGCUGCUCCAGCUCUGCUCCAUCUACACCCAGACCCCCGCCGUGGAGUUCAGCCUCCCCCGGGAGCAGAAGCAUCAGCCUAUCUACACCCUGGAGAGCCUGCACGAGAAGCGGCGGCAGCAGCUGAGGCGCAGCGGGGAGAGGAGCGAGUCGUCCGGCGACCUCCAGCGGAUGGAUGUCCUGGCCGAGAAAGCCAAGGUGCUCAGAGGUUCUCCGUGGCAGGUGUGCUUCGAUAAGGUCUUAUGGAAGGACUUUCCUCUCGGGAAGGUUCCUGGACAGUCGGAGGACCCGUCGUCCCUCAUGGUGGAGACCUACUCAGCGAUGACGGUCUGUGAGCAGCCGGUGGAGAUGGAGAGCAGCCGGGGACAGAACGCCCCGGGGGUCCAUGGACCCGCUAGGGCCGCAGAAGGUCUCAUCUGGAACCAAAGUGAUGUCAACAGACUGAAAUGUGGACUCAAGCUGUUCUGAGUUGUGAUAAAUUGGCUGGGGACUCCACAAAUACCAACUUGGUACACAGAAUGAAAGUAUGUUGUCAGUUAUGAGUUCAGUUCUUGAAUAAUCAACUGGAUCUGAGUAUAGAAAGCUGUUAAAGUGCCACCUUCUGUUUAUGAUUCACAUCAUAAACAUCAUAAAUAUUCACCUUUUAAUACGGUGGCAUAGUUUUAUUCACCACGAAAAGCCGCUGACUCUGUUCCACAAUUAUAAAAUAACAAUCUCUUGGUGUAAAUGCUGCAACUGCGCAGUCAAAAAUGAUUCAUCAGUUAGGAAAAGACAAUGUUGCCAAAUACACCGUAUUAAACACAACACCGCUGCAACCCUGAUGGGAAAACUCCUGAUGCUUUUAAUGAUGCCAACAAACAUUGAACAUGUCCUUUAGUCUCUGGUUUGGAUUAUUGUAGAUCUUGGAACUGUUGGGUCACUGUGAUGAUGAUGUGGAAGCGACUUUGGUGGGGAACACAAGGUUUUAUUUGUAUUUUUUUCGUAUUAACUUCUUUCACAUGACGACUUAGGUAGAAACAAGUAGUGUCGUAUAGUUCACUUUCUUUUGUACACUGUGGAAUAAAUGUUGUUUUUCUACAGAAAAAAAUAAUAAUUUUGUGUCGCCAAUAAAAUAAGAAUCUGCUUCCUGGACAAACUUCUCAAUAUGGCGGUGGGACAAGACAAGAACAGAAAGGAGUUAAAUGAAUAUGUUACGAAAGAGAGGGAUGGGAUUAAAAUUAAAACUGAACAGGUGGGUAAAAAAAAAAAAAAAUUGUAACCCAAAGAAGUAUUAGUUUUAAAAUAGGAACAUUUUUUUUCACAUGGAAAAUGGAACUCCUCAUAGCUGCAUUUUUAGUCUGUUAUUUACAGUCAUAUUUUAGUCAUAUGAACAACUCCAUCACUUUCUUGAUUAUUCAGAGGUGAUUGUUAUUUGGAUGGGGGAAGAAUUGUAAAAGACAUUACAGAAUGUAGGAUUCCUUAUAAAUAUUCAUCAUCCAAAACAAAAGCUGUUGUACAAAAGCUGUUAAGUCUCCAGAUUAAUAAAAAACACAUAUGGGAAUGUAAUGAACUAGAAAGAAUGGAUUGUUUUAGAUAUUUGGGGCUCUCAUUUGAUAAAAGACACACAUGCACCCUUACUGUCCUGUUUUGUCACAAUGUGAAAAUUCAGGUGUAACAGUAAAUGUGGGCAUGCAACAAAAACCCCACUAAAGUAAGGAUAACACUGCAGAGGGGAACUUUACAAGAUUAGCUGUGCAGCUCUUGAAAACAGGAUUAAAUAUAGAUGAAAUAGCAGAAUGUAAUAUUUUUAUAUAUAAAGAUUCUAGAGGGUUAAUGCAGUACAGAUAAUUGCAAAAACAAUGCAUGGAUUAAAAAAGGACUUUCAGAGAACUGCAAUCCUGCAGCUCUUAUGAUACAAGUGGCUCUUUUGGUUCACUUGACAUAUUAAAUGAUGAAAUAUU